GGGCAAGUGGUUUGAAACUCAAAAAAGUCUAAAAAGAAGCCUUGUGCGUCUCUCCCGACAACUGCUGUAUUGACUUUCUAAAUGGGGAGCACGGCCGGAAUCCUCUCCAACGUCAGAAUGACGAAUGGCAAGCCACGGCACGGCCGACAUAGAUCAAGAUGUGUCACGCUCGGCAUCGAUGCAACCAAGGAUGCGAAUGCCGCCAAUCAAUACGAUUCUUGAGUCGCUUCUCCUGCCCUGGCACCUAAUGAUCUUCACGUGACAAAAGACAACAUUGUGUGACUCCUCCACCCGGUCGUACCAGAGUCUGCCUACCAACGUCAAUCCGAUGCCCUCGUUGCUGCUCCUCCGUGAGGGAGAGGCAGGUGCAGGUGACCAAGGCCAUGUCCUGGCCGAGGCACUGUCUCGGCUGCUCGGCUGGUCCUACUUCAUUCUCUGGACCGCGUCCUUCUGGCCCCAGGCGAUCCUCAUGCAACGCACAAAGACCGUUGCCGGCAUGUCAAUCGACUUUCUCUACUUGAACGUCGUCGGCUUCGUCGCCUACACCAUCUUCAACCUUGCCUUUCUUCUUUCACCCACUGUGCAGGAGCAAUAUCGGCAGCGGCACGGUGGGAGCGAAAACGUGGUGCGGUGGAACGACGCGCUCUUUGCCAUCCAUGCGCUCCUCAUUGCGUCAUGGCAGGUCGGCCAGUCCAUCUUCUUCAAGCGUGCACCUGGCCAGAAGCUCAGCAGGUGGGCCAUGUACCUCAUAGCUAUCCUCGUCAGCUCGCUGCUCGUCGCCUUCUUCCUCGUCCACAUCGACGGCGCCUCGUCGUUUGAAUGGCUCGACUUUGUCAAUGCGUGCUCCUACGUCAAGCUCGUCGUCACCUUCGUCAAGUACUGGCCCCAGAUCUAUCUCAACUGGUCUCGCAAGUCGACGAGGGGCUUUGCCAUUCUCAACAUCCUCCUUGACUUCACCGGCGGCAUCCUCUCGCUGCUGCAGUUGGCACUCGACGCGCAGAUCAUCAACCAUGACUGGUCGGGCGUCUGGGGAGACGCAGGCAAGCUCGGUCUCUCGCUCCUCUCUCUCUUCUUUGACGUUGCACUCCUCAUACAGCACUAUACCCUCUACGGAGACGUCGAAGUGACAGAAGAGACCUCGCCACGGCCCACGUCUGACGAGGACGCCGAUGAAAGGCAGGCCCUGUUGCACGACGAGCGUCGAUAGCGCUUUCCUAUUAGAUAUUAAUUAGAUUGGCAGGAAAUAAAGAAAGUGGACCG